AUGAUUGGACAGUGUCUAGUUUUUCUACUUCUAGCUGAAAGUGCAUUUGGUGAAAAUUUGACCAAAUUUUUCCAGAAAAAGAAUUGCGACCCAAAAUGCACAUUCGAGACUCAAAAUCUCACGUCCCAUUCUCUUGCCUUCUUUCCCACGGAUUGCAGUACAGUUUGCACACAUCUGUCCAUAAAUGAGCACACUGACUUGACAGAGGCACAGCUGGCAUCUACAUUUUUGAGUAUGAAACGUUUGAUAGGAAGUCUUACUGUGAUGGAUACCAAAUUCAAAAGCAUCAGUUUUUUGGCAGGAUUGGAAGCAGUUGAAUGUGGCCAAUACUCCAUCGUGCUAGAUUUCAACAAUCAAAUGAUCGAAUUUGGUCUCACCAAUUUGACUUCUAUCUCUUGCUCGAAUUUCGAAAUUAUUGGUUAUAAGAAAUUGCGCAAUUUAGGAUUUCCCAAUUUAAAAAGCAUAACACUGGAUGAAUUUUCCAGUCCUUUCGAUGAAUUUGUGAGACUCUACAUUGAUCCAGACUCCAUCGAUUUCUGCAUCACCGUUGAGGAAAUGGAAACCCUUAUCUCAGCGGAAGAUGUUAACGUUGAUGGGAUUUAUGGGAAAUAUUGCACUCCGACAACAUCUGAAAAUCUAUGCACAUUUCCUGAAAUUUGCCCAAAAAUAUUUGGUGACGUGGAAGUUGGAUCAAGCUCAAGCAUAGACUCCCUGAAGUUUAUGGAAAUAAUAUUCGGAAGUCUUAUUAUCAAUGGAACCAACCUGACAAAUUUUAAUUUUCUAGAAAAUUUGAAAUACGUGGCACAGCUGACUAAAGGUAAAUCUGCUGUAAUUGUGCAAAAUAACCCUUUACUCCUCAAUGUUUCUUUUCCGAAAUUGAAGCGCGUGCGAUCCGACAAUCUCCAUACCGUAGUUUUCACCAAAAACAAUCGAAAUUUGAGCUUGGACGUAAACGCCUGCUUCGGCUUGCGAAGUGAUCUGGGAAUAACUACACACUGGUCACCGACUUUUGACGGAGAAAAUUGCUAUUUGAUCAAUGAUACGGCGAACUGGCUUAAGAAAAAUAAGGCUUCAUCAAAUCAGGGGUCUCUAGGCCUAUUGAUAUUCAUCAGUGCUCUAAUUUUUGCGGACUUGACUUCUACAUUUUCCGGAUUUUAA